AUAUUUUUCCUAAAAAUGUCAGGUGAAGAGGGAUGGAUAAUAUCCACGGGCGAAGAUGAGCAAUCCACAAAUCAUCGGCCAUCGUUCCAUCGAAAAAAUGGCUACGAUCUUGAGACACGGAUUUACCACUCAGUCCUUCAACUUAGUGAAAAACACAAAAUGACUGGUGAUUAUUCUCAUCUUGACACAGCUAAAUUCGUGUUGUCACAAUUUCCAUCCCCUGCACAAGCAGAGUCACAAAUUGCACUAAUUGACUCUGCCACUAACCAAAAACUCACCUAUGCUCAACUCCAUAGAUCUAUUUUCUCACUCGCCACGGGAUUGUACCACGCGUUAGGUGUGCGAAAAGGCGAUGUUGUUUUCGUACUUUCACCAAAUUCACUUAUGUACCCUACCAUAUGCCUAGCUGUGCUUUCAAUAGGUGCAAUUUUAUCCCCUGCCAACCCUCUAAACACCAAAUCCGAAAUUUCUAAACAAGUACGUCUUUCGGGUGCAAAAUUAGCCAUUGCUGCACCCGAAGAAGUUCAUAAAUUAGUCCCCACGGGUGUGCCUACGCUUCUCACAACGCGCCCCAAGAACGACGAAAAUUCAGUUUCAGUAGAAGAGCUGAUUGAGAAUUGUGACCCUUUAGAACUACCUAAAGACAGGCCAAAUUUUUCGGAUACAGCAGCAAUACUAUACUCUUCAGGAACUACUGGUGUUAGCAAAGGUGUCGUGUUAACUCACGCGAAUUUCGUAGCGAUUAUGAAACUGCUCAAGUACUAUGUGGAUACAACGUCGUCUCAAGAUGACGUUUUCCUCUGUUUCAUACCGAUGUUUCAUGUAUACGGUCUAGCCUUUUUCGGUCUCGGAUUAUUUUGUUCAUGUGUUACAACUGUGUUGAUGCAAAAAUUUGAUUCUCAAGCUAUGCUGAAAGCAAUUCAGACACACAAAAUUAGUCACAUUCCAGCAGUUCCACCUGUGAUUCUUGGGCUAGUUAAGUAUAACGAAGGUGGUUAUGAUUUAUCGUCACUGCGAAAAGUGACCUCAGGGGCUGCUCCGCUAAGCAAAGAGGUUGCUGAUGCGUUUCGAGAGAAGUUCCCUUGGGUGGAGCUCAAGCAAGGCUAUGGCUUAACUGAGACAACAGGUGCAGCAACAUAUUUUGUUACCAAUGAUGAGGCAAAGGCCCGCCCAUCCUCGGUGGGAGUGUUGUUUCCGAGCUUCUCUGCUAAGGUGGUUAAUCAUGAAACAGGGGAGGCAUUGCCACCAUUUAAAGAAGGGGAAUUGUGGCUAAAAGGUCCAGGGGUGAUGAAAGAGUAUUUUGGGAAUGAAGAAGCAACUGCUGCAACAAUCACUAAAGAUGGCUGGCUCAGAACUGGUGAUCUUUGUUACUUUGAUGACGAGGGGUAUUUAUACAUUAUUGAUCGAAUAAAGGAACUCAUCAAGCAUAAUGGUUAUCAGGUAGCUCCAGCAGAGCUUGAAGCAAUACUAUUGAGUCACCAUCAAAUACUUGAUGCAGCAGUUGUCCCACUAGAAGACGAGGAAGCAGGACAAAUACCACUGGCAUAUGUUGUAAGAGCAGCCGGUUCUGAUCUCACACAAGACCAAGUCAUUCAAUUUGUUUCUAGCCAGGUAGCCCCAUACAAGAAAGUAAGAAGGGUCAAUUUCAUCAGUGCAAUACCAAGAUCAGCUGCAGGGAAAAUUUUGAGGAAGGAGUUGGUGCUUCAAAGCAAACUGUUAAUUCCGUCAAAAUUAUAAGAUGGCUCACUUCCUAAUUUGUCCUUAGGAAUACAUAUACUUGUUGGCGUCAACAAAAUGGACACACCGACAGUGUGGAAGAUCUUUAUGUUAUUCGUGUAAUUUUACCUACUGUAACAGAACAUUCACCAUAUUUUACAGGCCAUGUUAUUAAACGUCACUUAUUGA